AUGCCAUCUGUCCUAGAUUCCACAACCAGUCCACCGCAACUAUGCACAACUCUGGUCGAAACAACAGCGCAACAGACAACGUUCGCAACUCAUACGCUAGUUCCCACAGACACUACAUCCACGCCGCUUGCCACACAGACAGAUGAGCCACAGAGCCAAACCGACAGCGGCGGCCUCGACCCCCAAGCCAAGAUUGCUCUGGAGGUCGGCAUCGCCCUGGGGGUGCUGGUUCUGGUAGUUGCGAUAGCACUCUGCGUAUAUGGCUUCAGUUGCCGGAAAUCAGACAAGGAUUCCGAUACAUUCCCGAGCUAUGUGCCGGAGCCGGGGACACCGCAUGCUUCCAUGCUGGAACUGCCCUCUCAACAGUACAGCGGACUGGGAUACGAGGCCAUAACAAUCACCCAUUCAGACGCGGAUAUCCAGACACUUCCAAAGGUUUCCCAAAAGGCCCCAGUUGCACUUGGACGAUGGGGAAACACAGAUCAAAGCUCACAUCCGCUGAUGAGCAUCCCCGAGCUGGACGAGGGCAAUGCUUGGGAUAGAUACACUGGAGUGCCAGAACUGCAAUCGGAGCCUUACACGAAAUUGCCGGCAAAUGCAAGGCGGGCCGAGUUGGAGAGCAAUAACACGAGGAAUCCAGCGGCCAUGUUUAAGAUUCCUCGCAAACAAGUUCCAAGUCAGGCGUACAGGGAGCCUUUGACACGGUCAGAAGUGCCCAUGUGGCCGACAUGA